AUGGCAUCUCUCAUCAGGGAUACGUCAUGCCCUGGAAGAAUAUGCCAUAAAAUGAUUAAUUUGACACCUUUGUUUGGAUACACUAGCAUUCGGGCCUCAUCCGAGAAGUUUGACUUGAGGAUAGACUCAAUGCUCACCGAAUCCACUGUGUUGGUUGCAAAUUUAGCCAUGUCAGCUCCAUUGGUUUGGGAUGCAUACUCGCUUUACUUUCGAAUGUUGGAUAUCACAGUGAACUAUGAUGGUGGUAGCAGCAAAGAUUCUGAAUUUGAGCAUUUGACGUGGAUUGAUGAUGAUGUUUUGACGGGUACAGCACGAACCAUCGAGAGUAGAUCCAUGACGCCUUCGGCAAUGAAGUGUACUAUUGUAUACUGCAGUCUUUGA